AUGGAUUUCGGCCCCAACGUCGACUUCUGUCCGUAUCGGAUGGACUUGUCGCAAGUCCAGUACUCUGACUUUUCUAAUGUUCAGUACUUCCAGCAGCCCCCCGACUCCUCCGAUGAAGAAGCACUGGAGGAAGACGGCGAAGAUGAGCUUCCAGACGAUGUUCUCGGUGAGGAUCUAGCGCAGGGUGAGGGCGAGGGGCAGUCACAGCCGCCGGAAGCCCCCACGUUAUCCAGGAAAGACAAGAAGCAGAAGAGGGACAAGAAGAAGGACAAGGAUAAGUCGCCGGAUGAAGACCGGGAGGAGGAGCCCACCAGCCCCGAGAACAACGACAAGAGUGUGGGAUCACCAUCAAGCGCAAAGAAGAAGAAGGGCAAGAAGGGAAAGAAGGACCAAGAAUCGCAGCAGGCUUCCCCGGGCAAGAGCAAAGAAGCUUCCAAGGGAGGCGCCGACGACACCACCAAGAGUACCCCGACGAAGAAGAAGAAGGGAAAGAAGGACAAGAAGAACGGAAAGAACAGCAAGCCACAGGAGUCACCCAAGUCCCCGACUGAGCCAGAAGCCCCAGCAACUGCUCCAGAGCCUCCCGUCGCCGAGGACGCGAGCCGUGAAAACGCGCCAGAGGAGAGUGCGACGGCCCCUCCUCCAGAGCCAGCGUCCCAAGACGAGUCUCCACCAGCUGAAACGCCCGAGGCUGCUACUGGGGACGCACCCAAGGCUGCGGAGGAUGUGGAAGCUCCUGCCGGUGAUGUUGCUCCCACAGAGCCAGAGCCCGCUGCAGUAGAGGAGCCAGCUGCGGAGGCGCCAGCGGCCGACGAAGCGAAGGCUUCAGAUCCCGAACCCGCUAAGCCAGAGCCUGCUGCGGUAGAGGAGCCAGCUGCGGAGGCGCCAGCGGCCGACGAAGCGAAGGCUUCAGAUCCCGAACCCGCUAAGCCAGAGCCUGCUGCGGUAGAGGAGCCUGCUAAGGAGGCACCAGCGGCCGAUGAAUCUAAGGCUGCAGAUCCCGAGCCAGAGCCUGCUGUGGUAGAGGAACCAGCUGCAGAGGCGCCAGCAGCCGAUGAAGCGAAGGCUGCAGAUCCAGAGACCGCUGAGCCAGAAACUGCUGCAGUAGGGGAAAUAACUUCGGAAGCGCCUGCGGCCGAUGAAGCGAAGGCUUCAGAUCCCCAACCCGCCGAGCCAGAGCCUGCUGCGGUAGAGGAGCCAGCUGUGGAGGCGCCAGCGGCCGAUGAAGCGAAGCCCUCAGAAACCGAGCCCGCCGAACCAGAAGCCUCUGCAGGAGCCGAAGAGCCGGCUGCUACGCCACCUGCGCAGGAGUCAGCUCCAGCCGAACCUGAGGCUCUAGUCGAAACAGCCCCGGUGGAAACGAAGGAGGAGGAGGCUGAACCGCCCGCCGAGGCACAGGAGGGAGGCGAGGCUACUGAGCCACCUGCCCCUAUAGACAGUAUCGAGUCGCCAGCGGCAGUCGAGGAGAAGGAAGCUGCCGCAGCAGCAAUUGAAGACGAACCGAAGACAGAGGCACCUGAAGAGGCCAAGACCGAAACACCUGCAGAACCCGCUUGUGAGCCUCCAGUAGAGCCUAGUGUUGAAGCUCCAGUAGGGGAAAACACAGAGGCCUCCGAAGACUCCGCUGCUGCGGUUCCGCAAGAAGCAGAAGCCGAAUCUGCAGCAGCAGCCGAGGCCGAAGCAUCCGAGAAUGUCGUCGUUGAGCCAGAGUCGACGGCUGAAGCUCCAAUAGCGGGAGAGUCAGAUGCGCCCCAAGACUCUGCUACCGCCCCUAAAGAAGCACCAGAGACGGAAUCUUUGGGAGAAACUAAAGUUGAGGUUGCUGAAGAACCAAAAGAAGAAGCUUCAGAAGCGACCAAGGCUGAGGUUGUCGACACGUCUACUACCGACGCGGAUGAAACGGCUCCACAGGAAGUCCCUGAAGAACAGAAUGCCGACGCAGAGGCCCCCGUUCCGGAUUCUGCAUCAGAACCUACGGAAAAAGCACCGGAAGAUGCACAAAUCCCGUCAAAUGACGCGCAAGAUCCCGAAUCCCCUGCCCAAGAUGCCCAUAUCGAGACCAACGACCCUCAGGAGGGAGAGGAACCUACGAAUGUGGGCAAUAAUAAUGUCCCUGUAUCUAGCGACGAGGCCGCCGCUGCCGAAAACGCAAGUGGCUCUCCGGAGGAGUCUGCGAAUGAAGCAGUGGAGAUAGAAAAGGCUACAGACUCGCCCGAGGUAGAUGGUAACGAAGAGCCUCGACCUGCGCCAGAUGGAGAGGAGCCAGCGUCGGAGGGUCCAGCGUCUGACAGCCAGGUGCCUACCGAAGAACCAAAGGCCGAAGAAGCAGCAGUCAAUGACCCUAUCUCUGCUGAAGACACUGCCUCAGCAGAAACUGAAGCGACUGCAACACAAGCCCCAGGAGCUGCCGAGGAACUCCAGCAAGACGGACCCGAUGCUACGGUCGACGCAACACCGGCCCCGGCAGAGUCUGAACUGAGCGAGCCUCUCGCUGGAGGGGCGGAAGACUCACCACCAUGUCCCGUAUCGGAGACUAGCAACUCGGAUGAACCGAAAGCGGACUCCAAGGCGUCAGAUCCUAUCCCUGAGGAGGGCACUGACACCCCGGAGAGCCAAGGUCCUGUUCCCGCUGAUGGCCCUGAAGACUCUGUCAAGGACACACCAGUGGAGGAACAAGUUUCUCAGGAAUUGUUGUCGGCACCACCAGGUGAGACAGAAGAGAGCGCGAAUUCGGACAAUACUACCGAUGCUCUACCGCAAAGUAAUGUGGCAGCGGACCCGGAGUCUCCAGCCGAGCCUGAAAUCAGUGCGCCUGAGGAGCAGACUGCUGCAGCUGGGGACCCAGAGUCGGUGGCUGCAAAGGAGCCCGAAGAAAGCCCAGAGUCGGAAAGCACACCUGCUGAACCUACAGAGGCUGACGAGGCAGAAGAGAAGGACGGGGCGGAGGCUGGCGAGGCCGCUAAGCAAGUUCACUUUGCGGACGAAGACGAAGAGAUCGCGCCGCUCACUUCUAGCGCUGCCGAAAAAGACUCUGGCGACGUGAAAGAGGCGAACGAUGGCCCAAGCCCGCCAACAGACGGAGAUGCAGCUACCACUGAGCCUCCGGCUGUUCCUGCCAUGAACUCCGAUGCAGAAAUUGCACCCUUGGAGUCCGCUCCCGUAUCAGAGGGGGACACUCCUGUUCCUGCCGCCGGCGACUCAGCUUCCGACAAGGAGCCUGUAGCUGAUGAGCCUGCUGUUCCCUCUGAGGGGGAACCAGCCUCGCAAACAACGGUCGAACAUCCACAUGAUCUCGGAGAGCAACAAGAGGCACCUCAGGAGACUCCCGUGCAGGAAGGUGACGUGGGAGAGGAAGUUCAUGUUGCAGAAACAGCCCCCGAGGAGUCUGCAAGUACCGACGCUCCCGCCGCAGAGCAAGCGGAGAAAGCUCCGGAGGAAACUGUCUCUGAGCCCGUCGAGGAGCCGCAGUCGGAUGAUGCUCCGGUUGUUGCCGUGGAGGCUGCAGCCACAGGUGAAUCUGCCGAGACGUCGAGCGAUCCUGUCCCUGAAGCAAACGAACAAAGCCCAGAAGCUGCGGCAGAAGACGCGACAACUGUGGAAAACAUAAGCAAGGAGACGCCAGAGGACUCUUCGCCAAUCCCCGAGCCAGCCCAGGAGCCUACUAUCGUCCAUGCUGAAGAGACUGCGGGCGUUGAUGACGGCCCAGAGCCAGCAGAGAAUGACAACGCGCCUGAGGCCAUUGAGACUGCAGACCCAGAGAUUGAAGGCGCGAAGCCCAAAACAGAUGCCUCGGAGUCUGAGGAUGCAGUGGUAGAAGAUGCUCUGAAGGCUGAGGAACCUGUGCAAGCGGUACCAACCGAAGACUCCCCAGCCGAUGCUGCUCCAGAUGCCAAAGACCCCGAGGUAGUCGAGACAGAUGUGACUCCCAAUGUGGAGACAGUGCCAUCUGCGGAAUCAUCGGAGCUUCUUGAAGCUGUAGAGACAUCUGAGGAGCAUCAGACUGAAGAUGCUACAGCAGCUCCUGACGAGGCUUCUGGUGAGACCAAGUCGCCUGAGGACGAGGCCGUCGUUGAAAAAUCCACCCCAGAUGACCAGGAGGUAACUGAUCAGUCCCAAGACUGCUCUGCACCAGCUGCAGAUGUAGAAGCUGCUCCACUUGAUGCCACUGUGGAUGACAUUCCGACUGUACAAGGUGACGAACCUCAGAGUGUUGCUGCCGAUGCGGUGGAACCAGAAGUUGUCGAACCGGCUCAACAAGAAGCGGCUGCAGAACCCGAAAACUAUGAGGUAUGCGCCCAGAUCGGGGAGAAUGAGUCGUCAUCUGUGCCGCCGGAAGAGCCUGUGAAGGCUGAUGCAGCCGAUGUCGCUGAGACCUCGACAACUGAGGAAGCGGUUGAGGAACCCAAUGUGGCCGACGCCGAGGAAACGGGCGCCGAGGCGGGGGCAGCGGAGCCUGCAUCAGAAGGGCCACAGUCGACAGAAAUUGCUAAGGAGGAUGAAGCGACAGCGCCUGGCGAAUCACCCACCUCAGCUGAGGAUGCGGGCGAGAGUGCACCCGUCGACUCUGCCACGCAGGACGCGAAGGCAGACGCUGCUGACGAACCUCACGAGGCUUCCACCGAAGCAGUGAGUGAUGACCAACCUCCGGCAGCGGAAAUUGAUGCCCCCUCUCCCAAGGAACCAGAAGCCGAGCCGACUGAGGCGGCGGCCCUCGAAGGGGAGGCCGAUACUGAACCAGAAGCAACGGGGGAACCAUCUACGGAGCCUGCCACUGCGGACGAACCGGUUGCUCCCGAUGCGGACGAAGUCAAGGCCCAAGUUGACGGCGAUGACGGACAAGAGCAGGAGCAAGAGCCCAAGCCAGAGGAACCCAAAGACGAACCCGAGCCAUCUGUUUCGGGCGGAGAGGUUGCAAACGCCCCAGCUGAAGACGGUGCACCACCAGCUGAAGAAGCACCUGUUGCUGAAGAGGCCAAAGCUGAAGACGAGGUCGGAGGCCCCGAACCUGCUGAGACCCAAGAAGAGGCGGCAAUUCCAAGUACCGAAGCUCCGCCAGAGGAGGUUGCCGCUGAGGUCGAAGAGCCAACAUCUGCAGCUAUUGAGCCAGAGCCCGCGGAAACCACCGAGAUUGCAGAGGCCACAGAGUCCGCAGAGCCUGCAGAAGUUGUAGAGGAAGCUAGUUCUGCAGCAGACGCUGAGUCAGUGUCGGUUGAGCCAGAAGCUGUCGAACCGAAAUCCCAAGUCGCCGAGGAUACAGUUGUUGACGUUGAACCCGAGACACCGAUAGUUGUGGAUGAACCUAAAGCAGAUGAUGUGCCCGAAGUUGACGUGGCACCCGCUGUUGAAGAGGCUUCAGCAGUUGAAGAGGCUCCAGUGGCCGGAGAAAUCCCAGCAGUCGAGGAGAACGCUGCACGGGGUGAGGAAACCUCUACAGCUGACGAAGUGUCUAAGGAUGUGCAACCAGAAGUUCAAGUCGAAUCUGCCGUGGCUCCGACCGAAGAAGCAGCCGCUAAAGACGAGGCCGAAGCCGUGCCGGAGUCGAAGAUUGCUGAUGAGCAGCCACAAGCUGAAGUUGCAGCGGGAACUGCAACCCCCGAGGAUGCCCAGCCGGAGCCGGAGGCCGGACAGGCAGAUAUGUCGAAGGAGACUGCUCAAAUCACCGAGGAAGAGGAAAGCAAGGAUACCGUUGGGCCCAUCCCUUUGCCCAAAGAGGAGAAGCUCUCAUCCCGGUCGAAAAAAGGUGAGGAACCAAGUUCUUUGAAUGAUACCCCCUUGUGUUUUCGGGAGGAGUCUGAAGACAACACGCUCAAAUCUGUCGUGGAUGUCGAGGACACUGGCGUUUUGGCGUUGGAUUGCAUCGAACACACAGAUACCCCCCCAACUGUUUUGACAUCGGAUGAAUUGGUGGUCCCGUUGACCAGCGCACCGUCAAUGGCGCUGGUUCCGGAAACUGGAAUGAAGUCACUUGCAAGUGGCAGCUGCGCUGAGGCAGCGCUCGCCACUACAGCCACGGAGAUACGUCAGGGAGAGGCCGGCUUUUCCAGGGAACUGGGGCAUGCGCAAGAGGCAGAACAGAUAUUCGCCAUGGGCAACAAUCCUUCGUCAGCAUCGGUGGAAGCGGAAACACUGGAAGCGACCGGCAUCGAUGAUUCACGGAGCAGCAAGCCUGACGACGUGGCAGUCGUUGAAAAUGAAGAGCUGGCGAGCAGCCAUGAGCCGGAGAGCCAUCUCGACAAAGUCCCAAAAGACAUCAUAGAAGCUCCGAGCACACAUUGCACGGGCGUUGAUCAAUCUGUGUCUCAUAGAGCCGCAGGAGGAAUGGAGCAGGGAAGUGACGAAGUCGCGGCUCUUGCUGCUGGAGAAGAGCCGAACACUCAAGUCAUGACGGACGUCAAUGCUGCAGAUGUGGUUGAAGAUAUCACCGUGGAAGGCGACACAACCCUUCCAGCUACUGAGUCGCUGCUCAAGGAACCCAACACAAGUUACGAGGCAGUCUACCGGGAGACCACUUCACCUGGCUCAAGUCCCGUCGCUGAUGGUGCGGAAACCGCAUCACGAGAUGCAGAAGAGGAUGCUGCAGAAGUCGUGAGCCAUGACUCUUCAGGCAGCUCGCACAACCCGAUGGAGGCGGGGAACGAGCCAUUUGUCGGAGCAUCUGCCCAGCUCCUCGUUGAGACAGCAAAUGAGGGCCUUUCACGGUUUGGGGAAGCAGACGCUUCAGCUGAUUCGGUUAUCGAAACUGCGACUCAAGAUGACGUCGAUGUCGCGCCCCCAGUUCAAGCUGGCGAAGAGCCUACUCAGAAGCUUGGCGAAGAGACUUCAGACGGUUUCGUCACGGAAAUUUCAUCCGUGCUUCCGCUAGGCGCAUCCGCCAAGGCCGCAUCAGACGACGUGUUCGACGACAACCAUGAGUCAACGACGACCUUUGAUUCACGUACGGUCGUACCCUCUGAUGAGGGUGCCAUGCUUUGCCACAACGUCCCCGCGGAAGAUAAAGUCGAGCCAACAGUCGAGCCAACAGUCGAGUGCGCUUCUGAGCCUGCGGUUGAGUCCUCAGUUGGUCCUGCUACCGAGACUCUUGUUGAUACCGCCAUUAACUCCACAGUCGAGCCUACGUUUGAGAUCACCAUGGAGCCUACAAUCGACCCUGCCACCGACACUUCCGCCGAGCAUCCUGUUGAAACCACUGUCGAUCCCGCACCAGGGCACGCAACUGAGUCGUCUGUCGAUGCGGUUAACGAUCCCGGCGUCAAGCCUACAAUCGAGUCCGUCGUAGGACCUGAAGACGAUCCUGCCGCUGAUCCUGCCGUCGAAGCCGUGUUGGAAGCUGCAGUCGUGCCAACAGAAGAGCCUACCGUGGCGUCUCCCGCCGCAACUGCUGUUGAGCCAACUAUUGGACCCGUCGCCGAGCCUGCUGUAGAGCCUCUACCCGCGUCGGCUAUUGUGCCUUCUGCUGAUACUACUGUUUGUCAUGGGGCUGAAGUUGCCGUCGAGCCCGCAAUCGAUCCUGGUGUUGAACCUGUCACUGAAAGCACUAUCGAAACUGCCAUGGACAGUACUAUCGAACCCGCAAAUAAGGCUGCUGUUGAGGCUGUCGCUGAGCCAACCGUUGAGCCUGCCAGUCAACCACCGGUAGAAAACCCUACCAAAAGCGUUGAACUGUCUCGUCCAGAGGCAACUGUUGAGGGACCUGUGGAAAUCCUUACUGCGACUCACACUCUGUUCACCGUCGAUGGGCCCACACUUGAACCUUGCUCCAAAGAGACCGGAGAAGAAGCCGAGCAGGAGAGUUUAGCCAACGUUGAAGCUGCUACCGAAUCACCCGGCGACGAUGGACGGGCUGAAUCUGCUGUUAGUCUGUCUGUCGAAGAUACUGCUAAACCUCUGGUUGAUACUUCGACUGACGGCGCCUCCACGGCCCCUUCUGGAACUCGAAACGACGAAGCCGCUUCUGAAAGCCCUGUUGAGGAGCCCGCUGAGGGCAUCACUGGGUCCGAUACGGUUGUGUCUGCGCAUAGUGUAGCCGAUGAUGCCGCAGCAACGAGCUGCGCCGAUCAUCACGCGGUCAACAUAUUGAUCGAAGAUCCCGUUGAGGCUCCAGUCGAGGCUCCAGUCGAGGCUCCAGUCGAGGCCAGUACUGCAGUGCCCGUGGAGGCUCAUAUGGAAGACCACGUUGAAGCAAUGGUCGAAUCUCGAAGCCAGACUCCUGUCGAGGCUGCCAUCGAAGCUACUACUGAAGUCGCUGUGAAAGACUCUGGCGAAAUUGCAGAUGGAAACACUGCGAAAGACCCGAUUGAGAAGCCUCCUGUGGCAAAGAUCGAAACCUUGAUCGAGUGUCCACUCAAGUCUGCUACCGAGGCCAGCGCCAAUGAUCUUCCUGAAGCUCCCACUGGAGCCGCCACCGAGGCUGCUGUCGACAUGUCUACCGAAGCUCCUGAUGAGGUUCCCAUUGAAGUCCCUACCGAAGCAUCUACCGAGACGAUCGUUGGACCAGCCAUUGCACCUCCCGUUGAAGGUCCAAUCGAGGCUGCGGGUGAAAUUCCUAUUGGAAUGCCCAUUGAGACUCCCGCCGUGGCUGAUGUGGAAGCCUUAGUCAAGGCUCCGACGGAUAUGCUCAUUGAAGCCCCUUCAGAGUCAUCUGUCGAAGUCUCUGCUGAAGCUCCAAUUGAGGAUCUUAUCGAGACUUCAAACGAAACAUCAAUCAAUGUCCCUCUGGACACUCCAACCGAAGUGCUCGUUGAAGCUGUAGUGGAGACCCUCCCGGAGAAGCGCAACGAAGGCUCCCGAGAGCCUUCGGCCGAGACUACAGAUGAAGCAUCAGUUGAGGUUCCUGCCGAGACAUUCCAAGAUUGCGGCUCUGAACAAUCUAUCGGACCGAUUCACGACAUGCCUGAAGAUCCUCGCUCAGCAGCCGUCAAGCUCGCUGAAAACGAUGUUCGGGAGACCAAUGUUACGGAAGGCCAAGCCACUGCUGAGGUAAAUGAAGUUGUGCUUGGUAAUUCCAGUAGCAGUGACCGCCUGGGCGUGAAGGCAGAAGAGCCUGUCGAGGUUCCUGUCGAGUUUGCGACUGAAACUAGUCCCUACCCGGUAGCGGAAGAAGCUGUCAUGGGGACCAUUCGGAAAGACAUAGCUACUCCUCAUGAAUCUAUAGGCUCUUCUGAAGGACUUCCCUCUUCAGAUCUCGCAAUCUCAGUUAUCACGAGCGUCGACCCUCCCGCCAUCGGUUCCGAAGCUGUUACGGACGAACGCGACAAAGCCUCAAUGGCCGAAGAUCUCAUGCAAGACGUUAUCGAACCUGUCAUUGCAGGCCCAGCCGAAGACACGCCAACUGAGACGGGGGUGAAUACACCUGUUGUCAGCGACUCUCACGCAUCCGCAAGUGUAGAGCCUGUCGUGGAAAGCUCCAGUGUCGUUUCGGAUGAAGUCGCUCCAGAAGUUGAUGCAAAAACUGCUGCCAGGGAAGAGAUGAACGAGGCUGCCGAGGGGCCCAUGGACCAUGAUCCUGCUUCUACGGCGAACCUCGCUGUGGUAGCCAUCGUGGCUGAACCCUCAACGGAAGGAGACAUCGAAGUGGCUGCUGGGGUAACACCCGCUGAAGCUGUCCCUGAAAUGGCUGCCAAAACCUCUAUUCCAGUGGACAAUCAAGAGGAACCUGUGUCAGAAACGACAAUAGAUGCUCCUGGCCCCAGGGUUGAUGCCGAGGCUCAUGAAGGCACAGUAUCUGCGGCGGCUCUUCCUGAAGCAGCUCUUCAAGAGCUCGUUGUUACGGCUCCUGUUGAUGACCCUCCGGAGGAUACUGCAGACUGUGCAGAGCCUGCUCUCGAACAACUUGAGGCGGAGAGAGACGCGACUAGCGAGGUGACUCAAAGCAACGCGGCGCAAGAAUCACAGGAUGUAAGCGAAGUGGUCUCUGCAGAGCCCAAGCCUGUCCCAGUUCCUGUGGAGACUCCAAUCAUUCUCGAGCAACCCGUUGAAGAGGACCGCCCAGCGGUCGCAGUUGACGCCACGAUUGUGUCGUCCGCUGCCGAGACUGCGAAGUCAGAUGAGUCCAUCGAUGGAUCCUUGCAGGCACCACUCGAGGAGGCCCCAGAACCGCAAGCAGAGCAUGAAGGUGUCGCCACCUUGGCUGAGGAAGCACACAUUGCUGGCGCUGUUGAUGUCGCUGCGCAAGUCCAUGAAAAGACUCUCAUUGACAACCUUGACGAGUCUGUCAGCCGCGAGAGCCCAUCUGACGUUCCUACCGUGUCUGCCACGGGUCUCACUGAGGAAUCGGUGGAUAUUGCAGUAGCACCUGCUCCGGCGACUGACAGCGCGAAGACCAUCGCGGAGACAGCCGAUGAGCCCCUUAUUGACAACAUUGUCACGGCCGCUCGCUUUUUAGCCGAGCCCGAUGCUGGCCCUGUCCCUGAAGGUCCUGCCGAUGUCACCAGCGAUGCAUUUCUGCAAGGCGGACCUCAGCCUGCCGAUGAUGAUGCUAUCGUCGACAUCCGGACAGAAGACAGUAUUGAAGCCUCAGAAGUUGAUCCAGUAGAAACGCCUACUGGGAGCGACGUUGCCAACGAGAUAGUCGUCGAUGAACCCUGCAUCCAAGACAACAUGGUGGCUCCUACUCAGAUCUCGGCAAAUGAAGAGCCCGUCAAUGCUACUACCGAUGCCUCUCAGCUCGUUGAAACUUCUAAAGCCAUAGUUGAGCCCACGAUGGAGGAUAUGGCCACUGUUGACGCUGUCAUCGCCGGCACUGGCACCUCUGAAGAGAUUGUGGAAACUCCUUCCGAAGUCAAUGAACCCAUAGGAAAGACAGCUCUGGACAUUUUGACCGAGGCCCCGGUUCAAAAUCUUGGCGAGACCUUCACAGGAGAGUCUGUGAAGGCACAGACCGAAACUGCGGCUGAAGCACGUGUGGAGAGUGCGGCGGUGCAUCCCGCGGUGGCAUCUAUCGAGGCCAGUGAUGGUACAGAUACGGAUCAGGGUGACGCAUCGCCUGUUCUAGAUCUUGUCGAGGUCCCUCCCCCGCCGUCUCCUUCAACUGCUCGUCAGGAAGCCAAUAUUGACAGACUUGAUGUGGCUGGGGAGACUGGCGAUGACAGAACUCAUGAGGAGUCCACCCAGCUACCAGCUGGAGGAAGUGUUGAUGCAUCUGAAGAUAUCGACACGAAGACUUCCAUUGCGCCUGCCACUGAGACAAGAGCUGAGGCUUCUGAGCUCCAGCCGCCUGAGGGAACACACGAAUCUUUCACAGCAGACUCAGCUGAUCAUGAGGCCUCUAUCGCGGACCCUACCUUGGUACUGGACAUUUCCGCUAGAUCUGUUACUGCGGACGCUGCUGAGGCCAUCGUCGGGGACGGGCAAGAAAGCUCAAACCAGACCCGAGACCAGAUCGAGACUCUUGAUGAGGCUAGUGAUGGCGACAAGGCUGCCGACGAGGUCCACGCGACCGAAGCCGAAGCUCUCACCGCCACAAUCGGUGAGGCUCCUGUUCCCACGGAAGCUUCUGGUAUUGUGGCGGAGAUCAUCGCUCCGACACUUGCGUCCUCCGAACCCGGCAUUGACUUGCCAGCUCAUUCGGCUGAAAGUACUCCCUCCGAUACUCCCAAUGUUGACUCUGACAUUUUGGUUGAGACUGUUUCGCCAUCUUCUACGGAGGCUGGCUCGGAGACUGCCUUGGAAGCUGCAGCCAAUCCCGUCGAGGCUAUCGCACAUGUAGCUCCAUCAUGUGCUGACUCUGAUGGUGCUGACGAAGUCUUUGCUACCGCGUCGCCCGGGACAGCUGUUGAAGUCUCCGGUCUUCAUGAGCCAGAAAGCCUGGAUGAGGUGGGAACUGAGGCUCCCGAGAAGCCAUCUGUGGAAAUGGCAGCGGAGGCAGCGGUUGAGCCUCCUGUUGAGCAGACCAUCGACUUGUCGGCUGCAAGCUUGAACAAGACUUUGACGGAGUCUUUUGGCGAAAGUCACAGUGAAGAACUCCAUGAACCAACGAUUCGAGAGAUCCCAACCAGCCUUCAAGAGCAAGGUUCUCCAGGCAUUAUCGCCGACGAUACGGAGGAACCCACUCAUACCUUACCUGAGGGAACAACACAGGGUCUUGAUGGGACAGCAGCCACUACAAGUGAAAUCUCCACGGUCAAUGAGGCACCCCCCACUGAAUUGACGGCCAAAGACCAACUCGUGGCCAUCGACGGUCAGAAGCCAGACGACAACAUCGUGCAAAGUAACGAAGAAGUCCGGCCCGAGUCGAGAAGCUUAUCGUUCCACGACAUGGCGGCUGAGCAUGUGGAUGAGCCAGUGGAAGAGCAACUCACCUCGCUCAGCGCGGAAACUUCGUCGCAGGAAAAUUUCCACCCAGUAACAUCGUCAAUUGAUGAUACUGGCGUGGAGGCUCAGGUGCUCGAUCAAGAAGCAGUUGAGCCAGCCGAAGAUCAUGCUGAGGAGGCGGAAAGUAUCCAAAUUGAGACCACUGCCUCAAGAGUAUGGCCUGGCACCGAUGACCCCGUCUCAGAGAAGACUUCGGGUCAGACCGAGAUGCCGUCAGAGGCCCUAGAGCCAACUUCAGAACCCGGCCCGACGGUCGACAAUGGAGCAUCUUCGAAGGGCCUAACGGAGGAUCAUGACGUUCCCAAAUGUGCCAUUGAGGACGCCCCUGCGUGUUCGAACGAGCCAGCUCUUUGCAGCGAGGCAUCUGACGACGCGAUCAAUGUGCCCUUGUCAAGUGAGAAGACAGCUGAAAAACCUGUCGAGGUCACUGAUUGCUACCUGGAAGAGUCAAGGCAGCACAUGCCAGGAGGAUUUCCCGCAGAGUCUCUAGGGAGUCAAGCAGGGCCAGGCACUUCGGAGCCACCUUCAGACCCCGUGCACCGCCCGAUGCAAGACUCUGCAAUGAUGCCAACAGCCGCAAGCUUGCCACCUACCAUUCCAGUGACCACAAACCUACCUGAAGCAGAAUCAUCUCCUCCAGCAGCAGGCACAGAAUCUGUGGAGCAUGACCAGACCAUGUUCGUGGAUGCGCUGGAAAGCCAGGAAGACGUCACACUGCCGGUAGCGGAAAGCAAAAAUGCAGUUGAACUGAGUCCCUCGCCGAUCCUAGCCGCCCAAGUUCCAGAGGAGUCUGAGGACGCCUGCUCGGGCGAUGUGUCGAACCAUCAACUCGAGUUGGCGGCUGGAGCGACUGCCAUCGCAGCCGCGGCAGGAGUUGCGGCCGUAACUCUAGCCCUCAACACAAAAGGCGACUCAUCGAAGGGAUUAGUCGCGGCAGAGCCAUCCACCGGCCCUGUCACCACCGACUUGUCUCUUGAUGUGGAUGUCCCACGGGAGCUGCCGUCGCAAGGAUCACCCGCUGGCAGUGCUUUGAUCUUGGAGCAGUCUCACAGCCCAGAUGAGCCAGACAACAAGCCUAUUGACACAUUGCAAGCCUUCCCAGCUACAGGUGCGCACGAUGCCGUCAUUAAUGAGGCGUCUGUCCCUGCCUCAGAGGACGGACCAAGUGUGUUAGCAGGGGUGAAGAGCGAAUUUCAGCCAGGAUCCUUGAGGCCGUUGCCAGCCGAAGAUACCGAGCUUCGAGCGUCAACGCCCGCCGUUGUACUCCCUGAUGCAGAGAUGGUCACCCUUGAGCGUCAGCGCACCCUGCGGCGAAUGCAGAAGCGGGCUGUUCGAGAAGCUGAAGACACGGUCGCGGCAGCUGUGGUGAUAUACGCAACAGCUGAAGCGCUGAGUCCCCCAGAAAGCCCAAGACUUGGCUCCUCCGAUGUUGGAGAAAGCAGCAGUGUGCCGGUGACGGUUCAGCAGGAUGUCUUGGAACCCCAAGCCGCAGAAACUCAGGAUGAUGUCCCUCGUGGAAGAAGACUUCAAGGACAUGAGACAGACCUCCGCAAAUCUGUUACUGACUUAUUUACAGAGGCCAGAUCUAGGGACCUCGGUCCCUCGAGCAGUGACCCAGACAGAGAGCGGCAUCGCAAGCACCGGCACUCGCAGCACUCGUCGACCCAUUCAAGCAGAAGUCGCGAGGAUGGCGGCAAGGAUGGCCGUCGACGCUCAUCACACAGCUCCCGCCAUCGGUCGAACGGCGCCAGCUCCAGUGUAGACAAAACACCCCCGAGAACGCCACGACGCCACGACAGUGGUUACUCUGGUGACAGCUCGGGAGGCUCGGGCAAGCGACGGAGAACGCCCGAGGAGCAAGCCGAUCAUGAGAGGCGCAAGGCAGAGAGAGCCCUCAAGGGGAAAGAAGCCGAGCGACGCGAAACACCUAGUCGCGACCGCAAAAGCAGGGAGACUGAACCUCCUGCGGACCGCAGCAACAGGUCCUCCCGACGCCAAAGCUAUUCAAGUCACACUCGGUCAGACACUGCUAGGAUCUCGGCCACCGUGGAGCGGGAGCAGUCUAUCGUCCAGCCCGAGAAGCGCUUCUUCGACGUGAAGAACGCCGAGGGCAUCGUGGGACACGGACCGCCAACGCCGCCCAUCAUUCGCGAUACCGUGAUCCCUCCAUCAUCGUCCAAGGAGGCGUCACCGCGCGUUGAUGCACCCAGGGGCUCUACAAGCACUCGCAGCAGACGUAGCUCCAGACGCCAAUCAACGGACCAGGGGCGCCCGAAGACACCCAAGCCAGAAGAAGAAAACGUGUCCGAGGAGCGGAAGUCCCCGAAAUCAUCCUCGUCCAAGACAUCGCCCAAGGCUUCGCAGUCGUCUGGUGGUGAAGACGCCGCCCGCCGAGCCAGGCGCAGCGAGCGAAGCAAGACCGCAGAUGGUCAUAAGAAAUCGGGCGGCCUCCGCGGUCUCGUCAAGAGACUUUUUACGUCGUCGUAA